CGAAUAGAAAAAAGAACACAUUAUACUUCCCAUCGUGGAAACAUAGAAAUAUUUUUUUUCCGACUUAUGAGUUUGAAUAUCCCUUUGGUAUCUUUCGCCUCUCUCUUAACAUGAUAGUAUAUUUUAGGAAGUUAAUAAAAUUUAAAUGAAAUCGGAAAUAUAUGUUAAAGUAGGAUUUGUUUCCUUGUUAGUACAUGAAUAAAAUUAUCAAGCAAUUCAAUGAAGCAUGUUUCCGCUUUGAUGUUGUUUUCUAGAUAAUGGUCAAACUUUCAUAUAAACCAUAAAACGGAAUAAUGCUUCACAACCUAAAUUUUGAAAUAUUAUUGUUGACAUAUGUUUUUGCUUCCGGAGUGACGGGAAGAAACCAUGUGUGUACUUCUCUUGUAUCAGAUCAAAGUCAUCAAGGCUAUCCGAUGUAUAGAAUGGAAUCUACGUGCUGUCUCAACUAUCAUCUAGUUAAUGGUAUUUGUCAAGAAUGUCCCGCAGGAACAUAUGGAUCACGUGGGAUGUGCGAUAAACCAUGUCCAGGGGAUAGUUACGGGAAAUUUUGUUCCCUGACAUGUGACUGUGAAGAGAAUGAAAGAUGUGAUGCUGUAUAUGGGUGCACGUGUAGAAGCAAUUCCAGCUGCAGAGAUUCCCAUUUAAGUACAGAUGAGCACAUGAAUGUUGAUGAUAUCAAUUCUACCAAUUUUACAGCAGCAUCAAAGGCAAAGGGAAGAUAUCUUUGUUUGGAAAUAUCAAUAAUUCUGUGUAGUGUACUUUUAUCCUUCACGAUGUUAACGAUUUCCACAAGUUCGUUUUUGAUCAAAAUGCAUUUAGGUUGACACGGAUCUAGAAGAAAAUGAAUUACAAAAUCUUAAAACAAAAAUAGUCAGAAAAAACUGGUGGAUACAUGUCGUUUUGGCAAUCAUACCGCAUCUUAUGACUUUUGAACAGGUUGAAUGAAGUCAAAAAACGUCUAUUAGUAUGGUCAUAUCGGCCGGGCUGGCGCUCGUGGGAAAAUGGAGACCUAUUUAUUGAAAUCAGUCCUCCUGCAGUUUUCAACCCAGAUACCGAAAUCUUUACAGAAAUAUAAUACCUACGUUGAAGCUGUGCAACAUCUAAUAUGGAAUUAUUUGAGCAAUCGUCCCCACUUUUCCAGACGUACGACCUCAAUCAUUUUUUCAGGAAAAUUUACGAAAGACGGCACCAAAUUUCUGUUAUCCACUUUUCUACAGUUUUUAUCCCAGAUCAUUGAAACUUCACAGAUUGAUUACACAUAUAUUGCAGUUGUGCACCUGCUAUUAAGGAAUUGUGAAAAUAUUUUUUUCUUCUAUUUUUUCCAGAUAAUGGAACUCAGUCAUUUCUACUCCUAAAUUUCCCUAAAAUGUACACUUUUAGUUUUCCCCCCAGGUCUUUUGAAUUUCACAGAGAGUUUGCAAACCUUAUAUUUUAAUCUUUCCUUUAUUAGACGAAAUGCAUACAAAAUUUAAUCCUGGUAUCUAUGAUGAGUUUAUAAAUUCAGUUUAGAACACUUUGAAUUGUUCGAAAUGCUUAGCAUUUUUAGAAUAGAUUACAAUAGCAGUAUUUGGCAAAACUUUUCAAAAUUUUGAGUUCUUAAUGCUUUUAACUUUCGUACUUUAUUUGGCCUCUUUAUCUUUUAUUCGAACGUCAUUGAUUUGUCUUUAGUAGACGAAGCGCGCGUCUGGCGUACACAUUUUAAUCCUGGUAAUUAUGAUGUGUUUAUAUAUGAGGUUGUGCACAUUCGAUUAUGGAAUUGUUUAAAGGUUUUUUUCCCAUUUAUCCCUUUUAAAUUCCCUAUAUUUGAAUGUUUCGGUUUAUACAAUUCUUCCUUAUUCAAGAAACAUUCGGCACAACCCGGCCUUUUAAAAAUGUUUGAUUAAUUUUUUGAUGUAGUAAUUUGCUUUUGUAGCACUCCGUUGCCAAUAAGAACGGGAACACUUUAUUGUCUUUAUUAUCUUAGUUCAUUUUAGUAAUUACUUUGAGAGCCUAAAAUAGGUCAGACGAAAUUUGAAAUUCCUUUUCUUAAUUAUCAUAAUUUUAUGAUUAUGUCUAUCAUACAUGGAAUGAAGCCAAUGAAUCAGUAAACUUAAAUAAUUUGUUCUUCCCUUUGUAUGAAUGUAUUGCAUUUGAAAAAUAUAAAAAUUGUCAUUUGCAUCAACAUAAAGUUUUUAUUUGCGCCAAUUUAAAAGGACGCAGGUAAUAUUGUCCUAUUUAAGAUAAUUAACUGUUCCAUAUAUAGAAGAAUCUGACGAUAUCUUCUGUAAGUUUGCUUAAAAAAUAAAUGCUUUAAUUUCUGUUCCUUUUGGAAAAACUUUACAUUUUAUAUUAAUGUUCUGCCAGGAAUAAAUACUGCAAUAUUAGUGGAAUAAAUAGUCCAGAAUAUUUUUCUGAACAGUACUACAUUGACUGCAAGCAGCGAACUGUCUGAACAGUACUAAAUUCACCGCAGUGGAUAAGUCUAAAAGUUGAUUGAAAGACUGAACAUGACUGAAUAUAAGUUAUUGUUCAGAGAGAUGAUUUUAAGAUCAAAAUGACCGUUUACGACUAAAAUUCAUUUACUAGUGGUUUGAACUGCGUACAGCUUCUGCUUUUCGUUCGUAAUAUUUAUAUAUAUCAUUGUUUUCCAUUCGUUUGAUGUGUUUGAGCUUUUGAUUUUUCCAUUUGAUAAGGGACUCUUCGUUUUGAAUUUUCCAUUGAGUUCGGUAUUUUUGAUAUUUUACUUUUGCUACAUAAUUUAGAUGUUGCUCCGUUUCGUCUUUUUGUCUGUAAUUUAUGUUCCCAUUUUAAACUUCGUUUUCAGUUAACAAAAGUUUCUCUCCAUUAUUUUGGUUUUCGUUAUGUGGCAAAACUAAUUCUUACCUUAAAAUUUAUUCAUGCUAUGUUUCCAAAAAAAUCAGAAUGUUUCAAAUGUAUUUUCAAAUAGGUUGGUUUUUAUUACACUAUUGUAAAUUUUCCGAUAACCCCGGCCUAUUUGGAUUUGUUAGUGUUCAUACCAAUUGUCACGCCGUUGUUUUCAUUAAAAACGAAAUAAAAAAAAAAUUGCAUGCCAUAGUCUACAAUUGAUAUUGUCACUAUUGAAAUUAAAAUCUAUUGGCGAGUACGAGUUACCUCUUGAGAAUGUGUAUCGUUUUUUUUUUUUGGCUUUCUGAGUCGACAUGUGUCCAUUAGUUCAUUUUUUCUAAAUGAAUUGUUUUAAUUCUUCA